AUGGCUGCUCCCGCUACCAAGUUCAAGGUCGCCGACAUCUCCCUCGCUGCCUUCGGGCGCCGCGAGAUCGAGAUCGCAGAGAUCGAGAUGCCUGGCUUGAUGGCCAUCCGCAAGAAGUACGCCGCAGACGCCCCAUUGAAGGGUGCCAGAAUCGCUGGAUGUCUUCACAUGACCAUUCAGACUGCCGUGCUCAUUGAGACCCUCACUGCCCUCGGUGCUGAGGUUACCUGGUCCAGCUGCAACAUUUUCUCCACCCAGGACCAUGCUGCUGCUGCCAUUGCUGCGUCUGGUACCCCAGUCUUCGCCUGGAAGGGUGAGACCGAGGAAGAGUACGAGUGGUGCCUUGAGCAGCAAUUGAUUGCCUUCAAGGACGGAAAGAAGCUCAACCUCAUCCUUGACGACGGUGGUGACUUGACCUCCCUCGUCCACAAGAAGUACCCAGAGAUGCUCAAGGACUGCUAUGGUGUCUCUGAGGAGACCACCACCGGUGUCCACCACCUCUACAAGAUGAUGAAGAGCGGUGAGCUCCUCGUCCCCGCCGUCAACGUCAACGAUUCCGUCACCAAGUCGAAGUUCGACAACCUCUAUGGAUGCAGAGAAUCCCUCAUCGACGGGAUCAAGCGUGCCACCGAUGUCAUGAUUGCCGGUAAGAUCGCCGUCGUUGCUGGUUACGGUGACGUCGGCAAGGGUUGCGCUGAGGCCCUCCGCAGCAUGGGUGCUGCCGUCAUUGUCACCGAAAUCGACCCCAUCAAUGCUCUCCAGGCUGCCGUUGCCGGUUACCAGGUCCUCACCAUGGAGGAGGCUGCCCCCAAGGGCCAGAUCUUCGUCACCACCACUGGUUGCCGUGACAUCCUUACUGGCGAGCACUUCAACGUCAUGAAGAACGAUGCCAUUGUCUGCAGUAAGUAA